GGAGAGGAGGAGGAGGAGGAGGAGGGAGGCAGCCAGAGGGAAACUGCCCUGGGGAUUAAUAAGAGGCAGGAGGAGGGAGAGGUGCACGCAGGCAAACAUCUGGACCAUGAAGUUGGCCUUUAGCUUGCUUCUCCCACUUGUUCUUGUGCUGAUCUCAGAGGUGAGUGGGCAGCGGAGGAAGCCUCCACGGAAACCCACCCGCCCGCCUCCUGAGCCCGUCGAGCCUGUUGAACCCGUGGAGCCCACCGAGCUGCCCCCACCCCUGCCGCCUGGCCCACCCUCCAUCUUCCCUGACUGCCCCCGAGAAUGCUACUGUCCCCCAGACUUCCCCUCUGCCCUCUACUGUGACAGCCGCAACCUACGGAAGGUCCCCAUCAUCCCAUCCCGCAUCCACUACCUCUACCUCCAGAACAACUUCAUCGAUGACCUCCCGGAGGAGUCCUUCAGGAAUGCCACAGAGCUGAAAUGGGUCAACCUCGACAACAAUCGCAUCCGGAAAGUGGACAGGCGGGUCCUGGAGAAGCUGGAAAACCUCAUCUUCCUCUACAUGGAGAAGAACCAGCUGAAGGAGGUGCCUGCCUUCCUGCCGCCCAACCUGGAGCAGCUGCGCCUGAGCAGGAAUCAGAUUUCCAAGAUCCCUGCUGGGGUCUUCAACAAGCUGGAGAACCUGGUGCUCUUGGAUCUGCACCACAACAAGCUCAGUGAUGGAGUUUUCAAUAAAAACACCUUCAAAGGACUCAAGAAUCUCAUGCAACUCAACCUUGCCCACAACAUCCUGAGGAAAAUGCCGCCUGGGGUGCCCAGUGCCAUCCACCAGCUCUUCCUGGACAGGAACAACAUCGAAGACAUCCCCAGUGACUAUUUCAAGGAGUUUCCCAACCUGGCGUUCAUCCGACUCAACUACAACCAGAUCUCUGACAAGGGGCUCCCCAAGAACUCCUUCAACCUCACCAACCUGCUGGUGUUGCACCUAGCUCACAACAAGCUCACCAACGUCCCUUUCAUCAGCGCCAAGCUGGAGCACCUCUACCUGAACAACAACUCCAUUGAAAAAAUCAAUGGGACGCAGAUCUGCCCCACCUCACUGAUGUCCAUCCAGGAUUUCUCCCCCUCCGACCUGGACAGCGUGCCCCGGCUCCGGUACCUGCGGCUGGACGGGAACCUCCUGAAGCCCCCCAUCCCCUUGGACCUGAUGAUGUGUUUCCGCCUCCUGCAGUCCGUGGUUUUCUAGCCCUGCGUGCCUCUCCUAUGACUUGGCUUUGCACAAAGACUUGAACCCCAUCAGCUUUUGACACUCGGGACUCUCUUUGCUUCCCCCUUCCCUUGCUCACACUCUGGCCUCUCUGUUCCUCAUCCCCUCCCUCCCCCCUUUCCUUGCCUGCGGUGGCUUCUGUGUACCCGGGGGUUGUCUGCAGGACAGCAUCAUGUUGCAGCAACUGUCCCAGGUCCCAGCAUCAGCCUGGGCUGCAUGGGGGGCUGUCACCUCUCACUAUGCUGUCACACUCCUGUCACCCUGCCCCUGCCCUCACCCCCUCCCCUCCCCACUUGGCCCUUUGCCAGCACUGGAGCUGGCUUCAUCUCUCCCCUGGACCUGGCAGAGUUUGGGGAGGAUGGGCUCGGUCCUAGCCAAAGCGUGUCCUGGUGGAGCUGAUGAGGAGGCUGUUUGGGGAAGGGAUGGCACAGGAGCGAGCGGUGCUGCAGGACAGCAAUCACACAGCCCUGUGAUGGAGCUAUUUCAGCUCAGAGCAGCAGUAUUCUGCACAAACACCAAACCCAAACAGCCACGAAAGCCGAGACCGGCCUAUCUGGGGACAGCUGCAUCCCUGCGCUCGGGGCUGCAGCACGCGCUGAGGCUGACUCCCGGCUUUGGGAAGCGCAGCCCUCCGUCCCCGCACCGCCUCCCAUCAAUCCAAGCGGGUUCUGCGGUCACCUCCAACCGACGGCGGCGGAGCGGCGCUGCGGGUCCCAG